AUGGCCGAGUUUCCAAAAUGUCAGUCCUCAGAGAGCUGAGGUACCAUCACUCAUGUGGUUAAGAACAGUAAAGAUAGUAGUCUUGCCUCCGAUAUUUGAGUCUGUGCAAUCUGUGCAGGAACUCUCUAUUCUGGAGAAGAGACUCAUAUGAUUCCAGAGGUAGAACCAAUUAAAGAGUGACUGAGAUGUGCAGAAUACCAGCUUGAUAAGAUAAAUUUAUUCAGAGUGAAGCAUAAGCUUGAACAAGCUUGGGGAAAGUUGACCCCAAAGCUUAAGUCCUUCCGGGAGGAUUACCUGAACCUUAAGAAUAGAGUUCAAAGAAUAGUCGAUAAGCAAGCAUGGGAUAAGCUAUAUGAUAUCGACAAAAACUCCAAAUAACCUAUUAAACCAGAUCUUUGAUUCUGAUCUGAUGAAGCAAUACAAUCGGCAACUCCAAUGCAGACAGUUCAGGCAACAGAUCGACGAAACUUCUGACGAAGAUGACAAGCUCUUCAGAAGGACCACCUUGACCAAUGUAAAAUUCGCAGAACGUCGCAGAAAGAUUGGAGACAAAGAUGAGUGCCCUCUCAAGCUAAAACUAGUUCAGGCCAACCUACUAGCUGAACAGAGAAGAAAGAUUAUAGAAGAUCUUGAAAAGGACAAAGAGAAUUUUGAAAAAGAUUUUCAAAACUUUCAACAACACAAAACAGAGACAGAGACCAAGCACUCUCAAAUGCAGCAGGAGAUUAAGCAGCUUAAUGAUACAUUAAACUCCACUGCUGAGGAGAAGAACAAACUUAUCUCUCAGAUUGAGGAGAUCAAGGCUGAAUAUGCCAACCUACAAGACCAAUUUGAAAGUUCGAAGAACGUUCUCACUCAUUCAGAAUAUGAGAGAAUAUACCAAUCUGUACUAGGACAGGUCGUCCAUGUGACGGAAAUCUCAGAUUUGAAUCUAAACCUUAGCAAUGUAAAGGAUCAGGCGCUUUUAAAGUACCUACAGUGCUUUGAACUCCCAAAGUUCAACCAGGUCUAUCUCGACUUUCUGUAUAGCUUUAACAAGCCUGUGGUGGUUAACAGAUUCAUGAAGAAUGCACUGACACAAAACAUCAAGAGGUUCAUCUUUGACUUCAAGAGGUCUUCUAAACAGUCAACACAAUACUACAUGGAGACGCUUAAAAAGGUAUUACCUAGGAUCCCAAAUUUAAUCUGCUUGUAUUAUUUGGAGUUAAGCAAGGCCCAAUUUGAAGACCUCCUAGUAGCAUGAAAGAACUGUCAAUGUGUCCGGAUCCGAUAUUGCUACAUUGACACAGAAACCGAAGUUGAUUUUGGCACUCGUCUUGAUGGCUCCUCUUUUAGGCAACUUGAUUUCUUCUGUACUGGAGGUCUCGAUUAUAGCAAAUGGGGAGAAUCAGAUGCCUUCAGAUUCAAAAAUCUAACGAAGGGCUUCUCCAAAGUUGAAGACAUUAGAGAAAGAAAAUGGACCCUCUGCCUCGGAGAUUGCGGCCUCACCAAAGAAACAGUAGACCAGGUCCUCACCACGGAAGGAUUCACAAAGGUCGAACUUGAAGGACUCUAAACUAUCCAAAACUCCUAGAUACACUCUACAAUAGCCCAAAAACACCUU